AUCAAUUUAUUCAAAAAGCAAUGAUUGUGUAGUUUUUGUUGAUCCUGAUGGAACGAGGCUGGGCUUCACGUCCCGUGGUUGCAACCUUUUCAUGACGUCGAGCCAGUUGUUUUGGUCCUCUCUGCCCAAUCGGAGGCUCCUCUCACAUUCUACCGGAGCCGAAAUGGGUCUGUUCGUGCAGCGGCGGCUCCGUCCUCCCGUAAGCACCAUAACGCCCUUCGUCGGGUGCCGUGUGGUGCCCGACUGCUGCUGCUUUAAACGGCAGCACUGACAUGGAAACCCCUCUGCACCUGCACAACGAUUUCUUCCCAGAGCAGCAGCAGUUCCAGCAUUGUAAGUACCAGCACUACUGCGGGCGGGAGGAUCGGCUCGGCAAGCGGCCGCACGACCGAUGCUGCACCUGCAGUAGCUGCACCUGUGACGCGCGGAAAAGCCUCGUCUUUCGCGGGACGUCGCCGAUCACUGUGGGAACUUUGAGGACACCUUCGGAGACGUCUUCCAGGCAAGGUUGCCAGUACAGCGUGUGCGAGUUCACACCUUCUAGUCAUGGUAGUUCAUCCAGACACCAUCCUCCGCCUCCUCCUCCUCCUCCUCCUCCUCACCAUCAGCAGCAGCAGCAGCAGCAGUGCCGCGGUCGGGGCAGCCUGGGCAGCGGCCACAAAGACAGUAACUCCUACAAUGAAAUAGCCAUGAGCAGCUGCAGAUACAACGGCGGCGUCAUGCGUCCGCUGAGCAACUUGAGCUCGUCCCGCAGAAACAUACACGAGUUUGAUUCCGAGUCCCAGCCUCUGCAGCCCAUCUCAGCCGCGGAUGCAUCGGACCCUCUGUCGUCCAAGCCGGAGAACAAUUCCACCACCCUGAUGCCUUACGCAUCGGGGGACGCGGGGGGAGGCUGCGGCCACAGCGGCGGCAAAUCGGGGAAGAAGAAGAACCAGAACAUUGGGGAGAAGCUCGGGCACCGGAGGGCCCUGUUCGAGAAGAGGAAGCGUCUCAGCGACUAUGCUUUAAUCUUUGGGAUGUUUGGGAUCGUUGUUAUGGUUAUAGAGACUGAACUCUCAUGGGGAGCCUAUGGAAAGGAGUCCCUGUAUUCAUUAGCUCUAAAAUGCCUGAUAAGCCUUUCUACAAUCAUCCUCCUGGGGCUGAUUAUCAUUUACCACGCCAGAGAGAUACAGUUAUUUAUGGUGGACAACGCAGCCGAUGACUGGAGGAUAGCCAUGACGUAUGAGCGCAUCUUCUUCAUCUGCCUGGAGAUCCUGGUGUGCGCCAUCCACCCUAUCCCAGGGAACUACACCUUCACCUGGACCGCACGCCUGGCCUACUCCUACGUGCCAUCCAAGACUGAUGCGGACGUGGACAUCAUCUUGUCCAUACCCAUGUUCCUGCGGCUGUACCUCAUCGCCCGUGUCAUGCUGCUGCACAGCAAGCUCUUCACGGACGCUUCAUCCCGCAGCAUCGGUGCACUCAACAAGAUUAACUUUAACACACGCUUCGUGAUGAAGACCCUCAUGACCAUCUGUCCUGGCACUGUGCUGCUGGUCUUCACCAUCUCGCUGUGGAUCAUUGCUGCAUGGACUGUCAGAGCUUGCGAGAGGUACCAUGACAACCAGGACAUAACCAGCAACUUUCUAGGAGCCAUGUGGUUGAUCUCAAUCACGUUUCUUACCAUUGGAUAUGGGGAUAUGGUCCCAAACACAUACUGUGGGAAAGGAGUCUGCCUCCUGACUGGCAUCAUGGGUGCUGGCUGCACUGCUCUGGUGGUCGCUGUGGUGGCAAAGAAACUGGAAUUAACCAAAGCUGAAAAACACGUCCACAAUUUUAUGAUGGAUACCCAGCUAACAAAAAGAGUGAAAAACACAGCUGCGAAUGUUCUCAGGGAGACGUGGCUCAUCUACAAGAACACUAAACUGGUGAGGAAGAUGGACCACGCCAGAGUCAGGAAGCACCAGAGGAAAUUUCUCCAAGCCAUUCACCAAUUGAGAAGUGUUAAAAUGGAGCAACGCAAGCUGAAUGACCAAGCAAACUCUCUAGUGGACCUUGCUAAGACUCAGAACAUCAUGUAUGACAUGAUAUCGGACUUGAACGAGCGAGGCGAGGACAUGGAGAAGAGGAUUGCCUUGCUGGAGACAAAGCUGGAGACUCUAUUGAGUAACUUGCAGGCUCUGCCAGGACUCAUCAGCCAGGUCAUCAGCCAGCAGCACAGGGACUUCCUGGAGGUGCAGCUCCAGCCUUAUGACAAACACAGCCCUGAGCGCUCACAGUCAGUGUCCCGACGGAGGUCGUCCUCCACUGCACCGCCCACCUCCUCCGAGAGCAGCUAGAGUCCAAGGAGAAUGCCUCCACUGAAGACUUUUGCCAUCAUAUGGCCAAGUUGCAUUUAUCGUAAAGCCUUAUGGUUUCAAUACGUAUUAUCCAAAAUUCUGAUGACAGAAUCCAAGAUACUGGGGACAGAUGGAUUUUAAUGGAUAACUUCAUGCUGUUAUUUGUUUUUUAUUACCUCAAAAGAUGUUGUUAUCCUUGCUCUGGUGACAAGACCUCAAAUAAUGGCGCUUCCCUCAGUAAAAACUAAAAGGCCUAUCGAUGGGGCUACGAUAAGGACUCUACUCCAUCUCUAUGCAGAGGUAGCCAGUUUUAGGUGGCAAGGUUUAACAAGUGUGAAACUAUUGCACUAAAAUAGUGCUUCUCACAGACUUUGUGCUUCUGCGGGCUUGAUUCAGUUUCUCUGCUCCUCAAAGCAAACCAAUGAGAAAUCAGUCAGGGAGAAUGAUGAUGUUGAGGAAAUGUGCUGUGUUUGACGGUCUGGAGUGAACUGAUAGCAGGAGAAGAUGAAAAUCGCUCCUGCACACUGUCACUCAGAGAUAACUUAAAAAGCUUGAAAUGAAGGGGGGAAAAAGCAUAUAUCUUUUAGGUUAGAAACAGCAUCAACUAUAGUGGUUUUCUUUUUGCAGAGUGCCCCUGUAGAAUGACUAUUUUUGGGGCGCAAUUGCAAAUAAUUUAAUCCUCUAGUCGAAAUGAAUGCAUUAAAAUCUGUACUUGCACUUACUUUUUAAUCAAUGCACUUCAAUGCUGACUGACAUAUGAUAUAAAGAUGCGUUGCUCAUUAAAAAGAAGAACAUUU